AACUUUCUAAAUAUUUCCUGAUUAAUCUAAUUAAAAUGCUGAAAUUGGUAUAUCUUAUUAUAUCAAUAUGUGAUUUAUGUAAUAUUGUAAAUUGUCUUAAUGAGACAGAUGAAGGCGUGUGUACAAACUGUAAUGGUAAUCUGACUUGUUGUUGUUACAACUACGAACUGAUUAAUGGCAGUUGUGUAGUUUGUCAAACUGGUUUCAUCAAUCGAAAUGGUGGGAGUUCUUGUAUACCAUGUGAAGACAAUUGGUACGGAAAACAAUGUCUCAAUCUUUGCGAAUGUGAAUUUUACCAAAGAUGUAACCAUGUUCAUGGUUGUUUAAAUGAAACAAUUACUACAGAACCAAUACAGACGAGUACACCAGAGUGGAUAUGGAGCACCGCUGUAAGGGAAAAUUUGACAACAGUUACUUCAAUGUCCUUCAGCAAUGUUAAUACGAUGAUCCAAAACAUUACUCCUCUUAAAGAAAUCACUGGGCUUUUACAGCGGGAAAUAGUUAUUUAUUCCGUGGUCACUGGUAGCCUUGUAGUGGCAAUAGGUCUUACUAGUUUAGUUCGGAAAUACAGAAGGAAGAGUAAAGGCAAAGCAACAAACCCGGGAAUUCCUAAUACAAAUCAGAGCAAGUCUCUGAGGCGAAUGCGUACUCAUGUCGAUUCGGCUUCUAGUUUAUACGCUGAAAUCGACGAGACCAUGUUGGUAGAAAAUUCUGAUAUGAGAACUUGGCAGGCUAAAAAAUCACCAAAUGCAAUUGUAGAAUUAAAAAAUAAUGACAAUACAAGCUACCUAUCUCCCGUUCAUUCAGAAGGUGAUAGCAGUAGCUUUCGUGGAUCUGAAAAAGAUGUAAACCGAAGCUAUUUGUCGCUCCAUGCAUCAGAUCAAAACCAAAACUCAGAUGAGUUCGAUAUAGAUGAUGACGCAACGAGCUAUCUUCAUCCUUAUCAUUCAAUUGAUGAAGACUGGCAGGAAAAGACACAUCAAUAUGGUGUAACGCAUGCUCCAAGCAUAGAGGUGGACAAUUCGUCUGAUUCUAGUACGCAAAUGAUAACUGAUGGAUACUUAAAUCCAUACCAACCCUUGAACGAAGACUGGAAGCAAACAUCUCAUAGUUACGAGAUACCUGUAACAAUUCACCAAUGUCAAGGAAAUUCAUUAUCAUCCCUCCUACCAAAGGAGAGUCUUAAAGGUGACAAUAACGAGGACCAAAUAGACAACAAUUUACAUAACACAGUGAAUGUUUUACAUCCCAGUCAGUCGUUAACGAACCGAAACUCUCAGACUUCUGAGAACUAUCACAAACAAACCAAUUUCGACGAAAAUACCUCCGAUAAAAAUAUACCGUCAAAAACAAAAGAAAUGUCGAUCACUUGUAAAUCAGAAAUAGCUAACACAGUAAAUGUCAAUAAUGAUUCAUUGUUAAUGCCGUCAAAAAUGGAAAUAAAAGAAAUGGCAGCUAGCUCUGAAAAUAACAUUGAACAUUCCAAAGAAAGUGUUUCACGAAAGGAAAGUGAACUUGACCAGGUGGGUGAAAGUGGUUUGCGUAAAAAUGAAAAUGUCCCUAUUAGCUGUAAUUCAUUGGAGGUUCAAAAUGUAAUUGUCAAUGACUCAAUCCUCAAUGGCACUAAUAUACAUGUACAAGAUUACACGGAUGCUAAAUCUCAAUAAAACGAAAGCAAUUUGGA